AUGUCUCUCCUCACCGGCCCGUCCGCACUGCUGACGACGACAUCGUCGCGUCCCGAGGCCUCUGUGGCAGUCGUGGCUGCAGCUGUGACGGCCAUUGCAACGCUUGCCAUCCACCGGCCAGGUGCUGCCGUGCUGCGCCGCACCAUGCUGCAGCCGUGGCUGCUGGUCGGUGGCCUGGGCGGCUGUCUGGCUCAGGCGGCCUGGCUGGUCUGGGCAUCCGAUACGGCCCGCCGGCUGCGUCGCAAGGUGCUGUUCGAGUUUGCCGCCACCGUGUUGGGGCCAGGCGGAAACGGCCUGAUCCUGCUGAUCCUCUGGCCGGGCUGGCUGGUGCUGGCCAUGGGAUUCUUUGCCGCGACGCUGUGUGCCGGCUGGUGGACGCGGUAG